AUGGACUACUCAUUGCAGAAUCACCGCACAUUCAUUGGCUCCAAGGUCACUGACCUGCCUACGCCCUCUUUUGUGCUCAGCUUGCCGACCAUCAAGAAGAAUAUUGAGAGGUUGCACCAAGAUGUUGAGAAGGCCGGAGUUACACUUAGACUUCAUGUUAAGACUCUCAAGAGUCUGGAAGUCACGCGGUUGAUGCUUGGGAAUGGCAAGUACAAGAGAGCAGUGGCAUCAACAUUAUCAGAAAUCCGUGGAUUAUUGCCAUUGGGAGAAGAGGGUAUUCUCGAGGAGGUGCUGUACGGGCUCCCUCCUCCAGCAAGCAUUAUCCCUCUGCUAGAAGACCUACGAAAGUCCAUCAACGUCCAGCUCAUGAUCGACCAUGAGAAGCAACUCACAUUGUUGGAGAAUUUUGCCUCGAAGAACACGAAAAACACGACCAGGCCCUGGGACAUCUACAUCAAGCUCGAUGUGGGUAGCAAGCGCGCCGGUCUUCCCCUGGGAAGCGAGCGUCUCCAGAAGCUGAUUCAGCGCGUCAACGGCUCAUCCGUAGUCACUCUCAAAGGCUUCUACUGCCAUGCAGGUCACUCUUACGGGUGCCGCACACCACAGGAAGUGGAAGAUCUCCUCACGAUUGAGAUCAACAGCGUUCUGAGCGCCGCAAAGCUGGUUACUGGUGACCAAAAGCUUACCUUAUCUGUUGGUGCUACGCCGACUGCUCAUGUCGUUGGCACUCUCAAGGCAGCGAUCCCCGAGAACGUCGCCUUGGAGCUGCACGCUGGAAACUUCCCGACGAAUGACCUCCAACAAGUCGCAACCAGCGUCAUCGGGGCCGAGGACCAGGCCAUCCGCGUUCUCUCCGAGGUCUGCAGCGUGUAUCCGGAGCGCAACGAGGCACUCAUCAACGCCGGGACGAUCGCCUUGUCCAAGGAAGCUGGCCCGGACCCAGGUUACGGUAAGGUUGUCGGCAAGCCUGACUGGGCUAUUGUUCGAAUGUCUCAGGAACACGGUAUUCUGGGCGAAGUCCAGACCCCAGGUUCAAAGACUGCUGAUCCGGAGCGCAGAGAUGUCGAGGCGAAUUUCGAUGUUGGCGACAAGGUUUUCCUUAAUGUGCAGCAUGCUUGCAUAACUGCUGCGGCCUUCUACGUUUACUAUGUUGUGGAUGAGAAUGAUGUCGUGAUAGAUACCUGGGUUCCGUGGAAGGGGUGGUGA